AACCUCCAAAACCUCGCCUCGACUUUUCCGCCUUGCCGCCAUUGCCCUCGCUUUCUCUGUAGCGACUUUGGUCUGGCCAAGCCGCAAAGCCCAGCUUGAAGCACGACGAUACAAAAGUCACACGCGCCGGCUUGCAUUGGCAAUUGGCCGCCUUUUGUCUCAUCCACAUCCCCUCUCUGUCUGCCAAUUAUAUCGCAUUCCCUUACUCAAUAUGCGGCGAGCAAACCCUCGGCAGGUUGGCUUUAUAUGCCAUUCUUGUGCGUCAUUGCCGGUUCAAGCAUCAAGGCAGCCCUUCACCGGCCGCAUACUAUCCGCAGCUCCCCGCCAGAUUGUUCAAAGCUCAGUCUGGAGGUCAACGCCCGCGAGAUGGGCCACAUCUGUCUCGGCCUCAAGGGCAGAUGUUGAAGCGGGCGCGGAAGCAAAUGAGAAGGCUGUGUCAGCAUCAACACCACGGCCGCUGACGGAUGCAUCGCAAUUGGCCAAUCUGGCGGAGGAUAGUUGUAACAAGUUCCUCUCAGUCGACGGCAUCCCGGCGAAGCAGCUGACUGCUGCCGCACUGCAGUCGUGUCUACGGGCCGCAGCAGCACUCCAUCCCCAGUUGAAGCGGGCAGAGGCGCAGUUCAAGGCUUCAGCCUCAAAGCUGGUAUCUCUGGGAGCCGAGCGAACGGGUGCUAGAAUCCCCGUAGAUGCCAAGUUGGUGGAUGCAACCAGUCGGAUUUCUCACGCAGCAUACACCAUCAUCUCGAACCCAAAUGUCGAGAUGACACCGGAAUUCCUAGAGCUCUACGUCGCCAUUCAAUCACAGCUCGGCCAGCCAGAGUCACUACCCGCCGUCUUUGAGCUCUACGCAAAGAAGCCUAAGCCUUUUGUCAAAAACGGCCAGAUUGCGUACCUGAAGCAAAACCCCAAUGCGGCUGCUCGAGCUAUUGAGCCCGCUAUUGCCGAUAUGGCUUUGCAGACUGCAAUUGAUGCCAAGAAUCUGGAUUCAGCCCUCGGAAUCAUUGAGUCUUCAUAUAGCCUCUCGGCCUUCAAGCGCCAGAAGCUGAUCAAGCACGGUACCGCUCCCGUCAUCGGUCUCGCCACCCUCCCAUUCGGCAUCUUUGGUCUAUCGACAGCCUACGCUGCGUAUUGGCAAAACACCAUGGAUAUAAGCACUGCUACGGGAAUUGGUGUUGCGGGUAUCUCGGGCUACUUUCUUGUGAUUGGAUCUUUGGGCAUGAUUGCCAAGCUUAGCAACAAAGACCAGAUGAAGCGAGUGACUUGGACGCCCGGAACACCGCUACGGUAUCGAUGGCUGAGGGAGGAGGAGAGAGCGGCUCUGGAUAAGGUGGCGUGCGCAUGGGGCUUCAAGGAGCCCUGGAGACACGGCGAGGAGAUGGGUCCAGAGUGGGAAGGGCUCAAGGAGUAUAUGGGAUACCGGCAGAUGCUGCUUGACCGAGUCGAGUUUAUGGAGGGCAUGAGUUGAGAGAGCUUUGGCGGGGUAUUGCGGGUUUCUCUUGUGGGAACUUGACACCAAAAAAACGUUGUAAAAUAAAAACUCUGGCCACAGAGUGCAAAGGAUUGGCAGCUUUGAUUUCAUCUUUGGCAUACUGUAUGUGUAUUACACGGGAUAGGAGUAUAUCUUUGUAAAUAGUAGAGCAAAUAACAACCUCCCAACACGUGUAUCCGGGGAAC